UUCCUUUUUUCCGCUUUUUUACUUUACGCCGUCCAUCUCAACGUUCUACAAAAUGACCACUCCCGCACGGCUCUUCCCCUUGCUUCCGCCCCUCACUCAGCUACUCCGUUCACACUCAAACCAGACGCCGGCCGGCAAUCGCCUCUCCGACGGCUCCAGAUCGCUCCACAGUCUCACUCUUAAGUGAGGUGAUUCGCAUUUUCGGAGUUCGAAUUUCACCUAGGCUAUUGAAGCUUCAAGCUCCAUGGAGCUGAGAAGGUUCGGAUUCGAACAAUGCAGUUCGUGCAUUCUGUUUCUGGUUUCAGGUUUGUUGUUGCUGCCUGUUAUGGUGAGUUGUGUUGGAGUGAACUACGGUCAGAUAGCGAACAAUCUUCCUACUCCGGAGAAUGUGAUCCCGCUGGUGAAAUCAAUUGGAGCUACGAAGGUGAAGCUGUACGAUGCGAGUCCGAAGGUUCUUCGCGCAUUUGCUAAUACUAGCGUGGAGUUUAUAGUCGGACUUGGAAACGAGUAUUUGGCCAAAAUGAAGAAUACGGCGUGUGCUCAAGAGUGGGUGAAGAAUAAUGUUCAAGCGUACUUGCCUGGCACUAAAAUCACUUCAAUCUUCGUCGGAAAUGAGGUAUUAACCUUCAAUGACACUUCUCUUAAUGAUAAUUUACUACCGGCGAUGCAGAGCGUGCACACGGCGCUCGUAAAUCUAGGGCUAGAUAAGCAGGUGGCUGUGACGACAGCGCAUUCUUUGGCAAUACUUGAAACUUCAUAUCCGCCUUCCGCCGGAAUCUUCCGGAGUGAUUUAGUUGAUUGUUUGGUACCAAUCUUGGAUUUCCAAGUCAAGAUCGGCUCCCCGUUCUUGAUCAAUGCGUACCCUUACUUCGCGUACAAGGCGAAUCCGAAGCAGGUUUCGCUUGAUUUCGUCCUCUUCCAACCGAACCAAGGGGUUUUAGAUCCCGGUUCGAAUCUUCGCUACGACAACAUGUUGUUCGCACAGAUCGACGCGGUUUACUCUGCUCUCGACGCUGUUGGUUACAAGAAACUUCCUGUUCACAUCUCGGAGACCGGAUGGCCGUCGAAGGGAGAUGACGACGAGGCCGGUGCGACCCCGGAGAAUGCAAAGAAGUACAAUGGGAACCUUCUCAAGUACAUCUGCCAGAAGAAGGGUACGCCAUUGAGGCCGAGCUCGGACCUCAACAUUUACGUUUUUGCUUUAUUCAAUGAGAAUAUGAAGCCUGGACCAACUUCGGAGAGGAAUUAUGGGCUCUUUAAGCCUGAUGGUACGCCGGUGUAUCAGCUCGGAUUUUCCCAUACCGACGACGUUGGAAACGGGACUCAUGGCAAUUCCGGCGCGCAGCCUUCGCCGUCGGGAUCUCCCACUACCUCCUCAACUGGUUAUUUGGCCAUUUCCUCCGCCACGGAGAGAAGCCAUUGGCUUGGAUCCUUCUCAGCGAGCCUGUUUCUGAUGCUGUUCAAGUUGCUACUUUGAAUUUUAGGAGAUGAUUUAUUUUUCAGUAUAUUUUUCCGAAAGAUGCUUUGGAUUUUAUUUCAUUUAUCAGAAUCAUCAGCCUUUAAAAGCAAAUUGGAAGAUGCCAAAGAGAAUAAGAGGCAGCGUCGGACUUGGGAAAAGGUAAAAAUUCUGUUCCUUUCCUUGUACGCGACUUCCUUCUCUUUUAUUUCUCUGCCUUCCUUUUUCCCAUUCUUUUGUAUGUGACCAUAACGAAAGUUAUUCGGCUUCUCUUUUACUCCGAACAAAAGUUGGAAAUUAUGAAUGCAAAAAAUUCUUUUUAGUAUCUAAAACAGAUAAAAUCUUCAGCCCUGUUCAAUUUUUAUAGAACAAUGCUCUCCCUGUAGGCCAUUUAGUCAUAAUUUUUGGCAAGAAAUCAUGAAAAAUCAGGAAGAAAAAAGAAAGAGAACCCUAUUCACCAUACAUUUUUCUUUUCAGGGAUUAUUAGGAUCUUAUUUUACAAUGUAAAAGCAACAAUAUAAUUGAAAGUUUCUUGAAUUUACCAAUAGUCACUUAAUGGAGUGGGGGUUGAAGAACUGACAGGGCCAUGUGACAAAAGAAAAAGCUCAGCUUGGAAUUUUUAUCAUUUCCUUUUUUGUUAUGCAUUCCAUUUCAUAUUCUGAGUUGGAUCUGAUCUGUUAAUCUCUUCUUUUUUUUUUUCAUCCUGCUUUUUACAGGGAGAUUUCAGUGCUUUAGUAAUUAAUAGUUUUGUAUGUGAAUUGAGUUCGUGGAUGGACAUAAUAUCUGGUGGAUGGAUGAUCCAAACUUGUUCUUUGUAAUCCCAUUUGCUAAUGAAAUUUUAUUAAUUUGCAA